UUCGAACGCCAAAAAUGGUAGGGCCAGGGGGCACAAACUUCCAACCCGAAUGUCCAUAUAAGAAAUAGAAGCAACGGCUACUUUAUUAAUUUCAAAAUUGUUUUGCCAACGGUUAAAAGAAGUAAACCAGAAGAAGACGAGGAGAAGCAGCGAUAUCGAUGGAGGGAUUAGAUCCGGAGACGGAGUUUCUUGCGUCGAAACAGGAGACAGGUUAUGAAUGGGAACUGUUUAAAGAAAAUGUAAGGCCUUUGAAGAGAGGCCGUAAUGUUCGCCUCUUGAAUGAUGCCCUUAAAUCUCAAACCCAAAAUCAACUCAAGAAGGGUCUUCUUGACACUCGAAGGAAGUGGAUUGAAUCAAUUGACGAGUAUAAAGGUGAUGAUCCUCUCCUUCCAUGGCUUCAAUGCAUCAAAUGGGUCCAGGAGUCAUUUCCUCCAGGGGGAGACUGCUCUGGACUAAUAGUGAUAUAUGAACAAUGCGUGCGUACCUUUUGGAAUUUAGACCGCUACAAGGAUGAUCUUCGCUACCUCAAAGUUUGGUUAGAAUAUGCUGAAAACUGUGUCGAUGCAGAAGUCAUCUACAAUUUUCUUAAUGCAAAUGAAAUUGGAAUAUCACAUUCUGCUUACUACAUAGCACAUGCUUUACAUAUGGAGUCCAAAUUUAAAAUGAAAGCUGCGAAUGACAUAUUCAAUCUUGGGAUAUCUAGGGGUGCUCAACCAAUAGAAAAAUUGAAGGAAACAUACAAGAAAUUUCUCAUUAGAUCAAUGAGUAGAAAAAAAGCUGUGGAGGAUGACACUGGAGAAAAUAACCUGCCUGCUCGAAGCUUUGGAACUGUGUUGUCCACGCAGAACAGGAAGCAAUAUAUGGAGCCAAUUGCGAGGAACAAAUUGCAGUCAGACAGGGCCCAAAGGACGAGUCCCUUUUCUGUUUACAAAGACAAAAAUACUAACGUCUUGCUAGAAAAUCAACCAAGCAAGUCAAAAACAGAUUUGAAUGCCUGGAACAGUCUUGGAUCUCGAGCUGAAAGGAACAAAGAAAACAAUGCAAUUCCUGCUAAGUGGACAACUUACAAGGUUCCUCAAAAACCCGGACCUAGAGCAGCAGCAACUGCAAGUACAUGCAUUGAAGUAUUUGUUGAUGAGGAACUUGUAGAAUCUGAGAGAGCACCAGCUCAGGGUGGCAAGCCAUUUUCCUUGCAAUUAAGGCAGGGUGAUGGAAUAGAUAUAAAAAAGGAAACUGACUUACUGAGGGAGAGUCCACUACGCAAUUUUCCUUUGAAGAGCCUUCCUAGAUAGACAAUGUCCAAAUUGUCCAUUUUAUAACUUGCUGCCUUGGAUGAGCUUUUAUCUCUGAAGCUUCAUCCAUCACUGUCCGCAAUUACUUGUUCUUCUGUUAUGUUAGAUUGUUUUUCUUUCACUGAAACUAUGAUUUAGUAGUUGUUCGUUUGUACUUGUUUUUCUUAUAUUUAAUUUCCAAUCUUCCACAUAUUUUGUUCAAUGAUGAUUUGGGGACUUAUGCCACUCCUUGGCUGUGGCUCUGACCAAAAAUAGACGGAAUUAGAUUUUAUA